GGUUAUUUCUCAAUCGGCAUACACACCUCAGUAUAAAGAACCCUGGAACCUGUUCAUACUUUCAGGUGCACUGGAUGAUAGGAGAGAAAAGCCAUGGCUGAUGACAUCCUCAGGGUAAAGAGGAAGCAGUUCAUCCGUUCAGUGGGUGAAGUGACAAUAAAUGGCUUGCUGGAUGAGCUUUUGGAGAAGAAAGUGCUGAACCAGGAAGAGAUGGAGAGAAUAAAACUGGAAAAUGACACUAUUAUGGACAAGGCACGGGACCUGUGUGAUUCUGUCAUUCGGAAAGGGCCCAAGGCAUGUCAAAUCUUUAUUAAUUAUAUUUGUAAAGAAGACGUAUACCUGGCAAGAAAUAUGGGACUUUCUUAAGAUUUUAAAAGAAGCUUAUGUUCCUUAAAUAUGUACAUUACAGCAAACAAAAGCCAAGAGGACAAGAACUAAGGUCAUCUAAUUGCAAGUAUGAAGGAAAAUCCCCCCAAAGAAGCUAUGUCUGGAUGUGAACACAAAACGCCUGGAAGAAAAUUUUGUAUCCACAGAGACUGGUGGACCAACUGGAAUUUCUGCUCUGUGGAAAGAUUGGCGUUUUGUAGGUUCAGAGACUAAUUAGUUUAUGUUGGGCUAAUUUUAGCCUCCUGCAACAGCCAUUCCUUGCUCCACUCUGUAUCUGAACCCAGUGAUAAUAAAUAAAGACCACCGAGAAGCUAUUAACUCUGGAGAACGUGAGAUUUCACCAAUCAGAGAGCUGAGAUUGUCAUCAGAUAACAGUUUAGGACUAUAGCAAAGCUUUGCCCAUCUCAGUGUAUCUGCUGAACUCACCAAUACAUUUUACACUUGCCUGGA